CUGCACGCAACUCGCGUUCCUAUACUGGCGCCAGGAGUCGAAAAAGGGUCAGUCGCAACUUACAGCUCAGUCCGAUGAUAUUUGUUCUAUCCACCAACAUUGAAGCAAUUUUAAUCCGAGCGAAAGCGAGUCUCGCCACCAGCAUAUGUGCGUCGUGUUCGUAUAUUUCUCUUUUGGUUUUCUUCGGCCCAAUAUAUUGUGCGCCGCAUGAAAGAAGGAGGGAGAUCUCGAUUGUAUAUAUGAGACGUCCAAACAGGAGCCCAAAGGCAUCAUCAACUAUAUAGACGCGGCGUGCUGGAGAUAUACAUUGGCCGUCCUGCUGGCCCGUAUUUUAUUCGCUCAUCUCGCGUAGAGUGUGCGCUAGCUGUUCCUGCCUACUCUCAUAUGAUUUCUUUUCUCUUUUCUUUCUUUCUUGCUGAUCGCUUCGGUCUCACGGAGCCGCUUGUGUGUGUGUGUGUGUGGCUUCCUGUGUGUUCCUGUAUGUCUAUGUGCUAUGCGAUGAGUGAGCCAAUGUGAAGAGAACCGCUGCCGAGGAGUGGAUCAUUACCGUAAAGACAGCUCGCCGACCGGACUGUCUCGAUUCAUCUGCUGAACUAGCUGCCAUUUUUUUUUUUUUUCCUUCUUUCUUUUUAUAUAUCUCGGCUAUAUAGCCGAAAGAGGGGGAGGGCGAAAGGCACAAACUCUUAUAUAUAUAUACUGUAUAUAUAUAUAUAUAUAUAUAUCGUGAGCCACACUUACUUGACUUCAAAGUCGCUCUCAGGAGGAUUCCGAUGCCCCCCCUUUUUCUUAUUUUUUUUUCUUUUUUCUUUUUUCCUUCUCUACGGUCAUAAUAUGCGCGUGUGUGAAAAUAUCCUGCAUGUACAUAUAUACGGCAGCUGAGAACGCAUCGCCGGAUGCAAGAGGGGAUUGGGGCUUACGGACUCACCAUUAACCUCUCGAGCGAAAAAUAAAUCGCGAUUUCUCAUGCGAGAAAUAGUGAGUGGUCUGCAAACCCGAUUAGUGCGAGUGUGAAAAUUCAAUUGAACCUAAAUACUUUUUUUGGGGGGAAAAAGAAGCUACAAUUGAUGGAAUCCAAGGCUAUGUCGCCUCAAAGUGUCAGCGUCAGAACGGCAGGACGCCUUCUGCUUUCGCUCGGACUCUUUGUGCUGUUGCCGGAAGCAGUGCAUUCGGACCUCAACGAAUAUCGACUCUUGCGUCAUUUAAUGGAAAAUUACGACAGCAACGCUCGUCCUGUAGCCAAUUCCACCAAGGCUCUUCAAGUCAUAUUUGGCAUGUCACUUCAUCUUCUCAUUGACGUGGACGAGCGCAAUCAAAUACUGACGACAAAUUGUUGGCUGACGCAGAAAUGGAACGAUAGCCACCUCACCUGGAACGCAUCCGAUUACGGGGGCAUUCACGUUGUUCGCAUUCCUUAUCAUCGAGUGUGGCGGCCUGAUAUCAUCCUUUACAACAACGCCGAUGCUCAAUACACUUCAAGCGUCAUCAAUACCAACGUGAUCGUCUCUGACAACGGAGAGGUCGUGUGGCUGAGUCACGGCAUUUUCCGAUCGUCUUGCGACAUCAACGUCGAAUAUUUCCCCUUCGACUUGCAGAGCUGCAAAAUGAAAUGGGCUUCCUGGACCUACGAUGGAUUUCAGAUUGACUUGAAGAAACAAACGGAUGAAGGUGACGUCAGCAAUUAUCAGACGAACGGCGAGUUUGAUUUGGUCGAUUUCGAGGCGAUCCACCACGAAGAGUACUACAGCUGCUGUCCUGAACCAUAUCCUGACAUCACCUACGUCAUCAAAAUGAGGCGCCGCCCACUUUUCUACGUUUUCAACUUGAUCCUGCCCUGUCUGCUCAUCAACGGCAUCGCUUUACUGGUGUUUUACGUGCCAUCCGAGUCGGGCGAGAAAGUGACUUUGGGCAUCAGCUCACUGCUAUCCAUGACCGUCUUCCUCAUGACGAUCAGAGAAAGUUUGCCACCCACAGAAAAAACUCCACUCAUCAGUCUGUACUAUGGCGUCUCCAUUUGUUUGGUGUCGUUCGCUUCGGGACUGUCGGUCGUGACGUUGAACUUACAUCAUCGCGGUUUGAGGGGCACCGAAGUGCCUUACAUCAUGCGACGCAUCAUUCUGGGCGGAUUGGCGCGGCUGGUCUUCCUUCGCUUCGAUGUCGACAAGAGGCAUUCGCCCGCGUCUACGCCGACAUCGGCACCGGCUGGCGAACCGUCCAGCUCCCAUUCGGGCGAUCCAAUUCCGGCUAGCCGAUUGGCUUCUCGCUUCGAGGAAUCGCCCACCAAAACUUGCGCUUCUGGCGACCCCCGUUGCACUUGCGGAAAGAGUCGGAAUAUUAAUCAGAGAGGGCGACACCAACCCGUUGGUGUUUCGGCCACCAGAUCUUCAGGAUGGUAUUCAACGCCUGUUAAUGGAGGUCCAUCGUGUAGCAGGAAUUCACAAGAGAGACUUCGGUUAAGGCUCCAGGAGUUGGAACCAAGAGCGACCGACGUCUAUUUGGAUCCCGAAUUUAGCGACAAAUUCCAGUCGGCCGAACUUGACUUCCUCGGGAUUGGUCCUCCAUCGCCAAAAUUUUAUUCGCGCCGCGUCCCAUCAACGUCCAAAGCGCCACAUUUCCAACAGCAGCAACAGCAGCCAUUAAUCAAUCCUGAAUCAGCUAGUGGAUCGUCAUCGGCUGAGAUUGGCGGUGGAUUCGGUCUACUGAGCCAAGGCAGCAUUUACGAGCAACGAUUGACUGAGUUGAUGGCUCGCGUGUCGACCGCCGUCGAACGUAAUGAGAAUCGAUUGGAAGAACAAGAUCGCCGAGAGGCUAUUGCGCUCGAAUGGAAACAGCUGGCCCUUGUUUGCGACAGGAUCCUCUUGCUCACGUUCGUUAUCAUCACAACUGUUGCCACGUGUGUCGUGCUCACGUCUUCCCCCUACGGUCCGUAACGCGACAGCAGACACGAUCGAACUGUUUCCUUUCUAAAAUGUUAUUGUUGUUAUACUGUUGAUCUUUGAAUUGAUUUAAGGGAAAGAAAAAGAAAAAAACGGGCAGUUUUUUGUGUGUCAAUGAAACGGAUUUGUGUUGUCGAAGCCAAUUGUUUGAACGAGGGCAUUUCUUUUGUAUGUCGAUUCUUAUUUGCUGAAAUCCCUCAAUUUGAUCCGAGUGUACGAACAGCACGCGUUUGCUAUUGGAGUCAAUUGCGCCAUUGCUGGAACAUCGUAGUGUUCGGUUUUGGAAGAAUAACUGAUGAGUGGAACUUUUGCGUAGUGCCAUGACAACUGUCGAGACAACUGUAUAAUACAAUUUGGUCUGGUUCUA